AUGGGGAUGAUUUCUAAUAAAACUGUUAUAUUUUUAUUUUAUAUUAUAUUUAUAAUUUCUGAUAUUGAUGUGGUCUACAGUUCUUUAUUUAGAUUUACAAAUUUUCCUAGAAAAAGAAUAGAAUCACAACAACUCAAAAUUGAUGCAGAAUUACAGUCUGUAUCUAGUACCGAUGGUUCCAUUGCAAAUUAUAAUUUUUUAAAUAGCAACAAUAUUUCUGUUGUUGAAGCUAUAUUGUUUCCAUCAUAUGCAGUUUUAAAAAAUACUGUCAACGGUUACUACUGUUCUGGAAUGUAUCCUAAAGACCAUAUUAAUUUCUCAAUUCAAAAUAAGUUAACAUUUAAUGUAAACUACUGGGAAGAUGGUUAUACAUCUCAAUAUUUGAUUAUUGCAACUCCAAAUGGUAUCAUUUGUAUGCUUCCUUAUACAUCAGAAAUAGAUUUUGUAAGUGUAGAAACAGAAACUAACUCUAAAUUUAGCUUAUAUAUAGGAGCUUAUCAACCAAAUACAGAACAAAUAAUCACUCAGACAUCUCUUAAUAAUUAUGUCUCAUCCUGUAAAUUAUCGUUAUAUCUGGAAUGUUACUCAAAUAAUAUUACUUUAUCUAUUCCAGAUCCCCUUUAUAAAUCUGGAUUGCAGAUUAACUUAUUCAGUUCAGUAUAUAUCUAUUCUAAUAAUGGUAUUUUAUCUAAUUAUAUUUUUUAUGAUACUAAGUUAUCAUUAGAACUGUUUAAUGUAAUGAUAACUGCAGAUUCUAUUGGAAUUGAAUAUUGUCAACAACAAACUUGGGGAAAUCUAGGUAACAAUACAGGAUUAAAAAAUAUGUACUUCAUAUUUAAGUUGAAUUUUGUAUUUCAAAAUCAAAAUUUAUACGUUAUUUCAGAUACUGGAGUAACUAUUCUGCAUAUUCAGCUGAAAUCGGAUUUUAUAGGUAUUGGUAAGAUAUAUUUGCCUAGUAAUUCAGCAUUAUUUAAUGUUAAACCCUUUUCUACUACUCCAAUAUCAAUAUUCAAUAAAGCAUCUAUUUAUGGUUUUUCUAGAUCUAAUUUUAUUACAGAUUCUCAAACUAUUCUCGGAUUUAAUGAGAAUUUCCCAUUUGAAAAUAAUUUACACAUAAAUAUAAAGUUAAAUAUUCAGGAAUAUUAUGUGAACGAAUCGUUCACUAUAUGCACAUUGAAAUUUUAUUAUAUCUCCAAUUCAUCAGAUUCUUUUAUUAAUAUAGAUUUAACAGAUCAAUUAAUGAUUCCAUCUAUACAAAUAAUAGUAUUUAGAGAUUAUGUAGCUGUUGAAGAUAGCUUUACAAGAAAUGUUUAUACUGCAAUAGUACCAGAAACUACAAUAUCAAAUCUAAAUAUCCAGCUUCAAGGUAUAUCUUCUAAAAAUAUAGUACAGAUUUUAUAUGAGAUGGAUAAUCAAUGGUUUUUAAUAUGUGAAUUAUCACUAGAGUAUUAUUUUUCAAGGAUUUCAUUAAUAGCGAAUUAUACAGAGAAAUCCCCAAUUUCUGUUAAGUAUUUAGGUAGUGAUAAUGAAAAUAGUAUUAUUACAAACUAUAGUAAAAGUAUUCCAAAAUAUUCUGAGGUUAAUGGAGAUACAUGUAUUUUAUAUCCAAUGUCCUCAUGUAGUUCUUUAAAUGUAAACUUAACUAUUCCAGCUACUUCAACAACUGAACUUGACUUUGAGCUUAAAGGAUUUAGUUCAAUACAAAAUAUCACUAUAGCACUUAAUAAUUUGGAAAAUAUAUCAAGAUUUGAAAAAUGUCAAUGGAAUUUAAUUUCUAAAGGAAAAGUUGUAUAUGAACUUUCAUUAUUACAAACUGCUAUUUUAUUAACAUAUUCAAUAACUGGUCUUUCAUCAUCUGGUCCUUUAAUUAACUUUAUUAGUUUAUAUACUACAAAGUUUAUACUUUCUUUGAUCUGGUAUAAUAAUAUUAUCUAUGCUAUAGACACUAGUUCAGGACUAGUAUAUGCAAAUAUAACUGAAAUUAAAGAGUAUCCAGUAGAUAGUAUAAAGAGUAUAUGUUAUAAAGACGUCAUAUCUAUUACAUACAAUUCAAGUGCAGUAUUUUCUCCUGAUAAAAAAUAUACUUAUUCAUCUUACAUUUUAGGUCAAUAUCAAGAAUGCAAUUUUUUUAAUCAAUGUAACAGCGGAGCUUAUAUAUGUCCUGGAUCAAAUGUUAGUCAGUUAUGCUCAGAUUUUGAGUAUCUUGCAAUAAUAUAUAAUGGUACUCUACCUUCUAUUAAUAAUCAAACAGAGCUUGGAAUAUUACCAGAUACUCGAAGUAUGUUUAUAGUUGGUAGCACUACAGAAAUAUAUUAUAUAAUUAAUGUAUUUGGUACUUAUUUAGCUCUUUAUGAUGUUGUAAAUGGGUAUUCAUGUUAUAAUACAGCCCCUUUAGGUAUUGAGUUAAGCUCAAGUAUAUUUUUAAGUCUUGGAAUAUUUAUAACACAAUCUUCACAAGUUCAGCUAUUAUUAAGUGUUGAAAAUUUCACUUCUAUUCUUUGUACUAUCCCCUUGAACAAGAAUCUUACUGAUUUAUAUUAUUUUAAGUCAAUAUCUAAUGAAUUUAAUACUAAUAUUGGAAAUAUAACAAUGAUUCCAAAUAAAAAGAAUAUAAUAUCUAAUUAUUCAAUUUCUGUAUCUCCAAAUAAUUCAGCAACACCAAAACUCAAUGCAUUUAUACCUGUUAAAGCCUUUAGUGUAACUUUACCUACAGCAUUAAGUAUAUAUACUGCAAUAAGAUUUAACUUGACAAUUCAACCAUCUGAAUAUUCAGAAAUAUCAAUUAGUAUUUCAUUUGGUAACUCAAAAAAUAUUGAAAUAGCUGGGUUGCAUAUAUUAGCUGCAAAUACUUCUUCUAUAUUAUUAUAUUCAUCUAAUCAAAGAAUAGGUACUAUUAGUGGAUAUGGUCAAAUUGAUAAUAGUAAGUCUGAGUGUUUUGCAGAUUUCCUAAAACAAAAUACAUUUGAAUUCCUUAUAGGAAUUGCUAACCAUAAAUCAGAUGAAUUAGAAAUACCUUAUUUAUAUAUGGUAUGUUGUAAUAAUAUUGUCACUAAGAUAUUGCUUGGCAAUCUUAAUAUUGAGAAUAUAUCAGUCUCUUCAUCAGGGAUUUCCAAUAUACUAAUAAAUUUUGUCAAUGGUUUUGUUCCACCUCCAACUUCAUAUGAACAAGGUAAUCUAACAAAUCCUCUUGCUUCUUACAAAAACGAGUGCUCUUUAAAUAUAUCAAAUGUGAUAUCUUAUUGUUUAACGAGAUCAGUUACUUUCAAUUCAAAUUCUUCAAAUAAAGCAUAUCUCUCUUUGAACUAUGAAGUUACAAGUUAUUUUAUGAUCUCUAACAAUAUAAAAAUAGUAUACAAUAAUAAUACUUUUUUUUGGGGUAUUAGCUUAGAAACAAAUAAUAGUAUGACAAUAUUUAUGAUACUAUUUAACGAAACCAACUUAGGGGUUGUUAAUUUAUUAACUAAGGAAGAGAUUUGGAAUUUUUAUCCUAAUAAUAUAUUUGUAUACCCAUUAAAUUGGAUAGCAGUAUCUAUUAAUAAAAUUUCAGGAUUUAUUCGGUUUUCAUUGGAUUCUCAGACAUUUGGAUUAUUUCCUGAUUACUCAGCUCAAUCACAUACAAUAGUUAAAAUAACUAUACUAGGCAAUAAUUCUUGGGGUAUAUUUCAAGGGCAACAACAGUCACAUAUUGUAAAUUUAAUUACUUAUCCAUUCUUAUAUCAUGGGUAUACUGAGUGUUCUUUUAAUAAUUUAUGCUCUUUAGAUAGUACAUUAAAUUGUAUUGGGGUCUCAUUCAGUGGACUAUGUCCUUAUCCUCCGCCUAACCAAUUAAUUUAUAUGUUCAAGAUAAGAUCAAAUACCCUUUCUUUUAUAAAUAGUGGUGAGUAUGGUUAUAGAUUUAAAUUACCAAAUUUGAUAUAUGCUUUUAAUAUUAACGAUGGUUUCUCCAAUAUUUUUUCUUUUUAUUUCUUCAAAACUUACGCAAGCCUACAAUAUCUGAAUGAUGGUAGCUCCUGCCACAAUUUAUAUGGCUCAAAUCAUCAACCAAUUACUACAAAUAGUUUAAAUAGAUAUUUUGAAUGGUCAUUUUCUAUAGGGUUAGAUACAAUAACUUUGUAUGCUAAAUUUGAUAAUAGUAAAAUUUCCGAAAUUUGCUCAUUAAAUAUUACUUCAAUUUCAAAUUUAAGAUUCAACAUUUUAUAUCCUGUAGGAUUAAAUUCUGGAAUUAUUAAUGGAACUCUUGUGAAUUUAGGUAGUAUUUCAAUUAUCCCGAAAAAAUCGAUCAAUCAAGUUAGUGGGAAUAUGUGUAGUUUAUACAUGUUUAAUAUAUGCCCUAUUGAGAAAGAUACUCAGGUAGGAAUAUCUCCAUAUGGCACAAUUUUAGAAAAUAACUUUGUAUUUAUUUUUAAUAUUACCUAUAAUUCAGAAGAUAUAUAUAUAAUUGACUUAUUAGGUAUUAAAAACUCUUUGGGUUCACAGUUUUCUAUUGCCAAAUUGGAGAUCAAUGGCCUUAACUUAACAUUAACCGGUGGGCAAAAUAAUAUAAUAUUCCUAAAUUAUAAUAUAAAAGAUCCUAUAGAUUUUAAGAGUACACUUUUGGUAUAUAUAUAUGUCGAUAGUUCUUACAAAAACUUAAUCGUGGCUAGUUUACUUGCAAAUAAUGAAACAAAUAAUUUAGGUUUAAAUCAAAGAAUACAAAAAAGAGACAUUUCAUAUCCAGGAACAAUGGUAGGUAUUUCUGUACCUCUGAUAGGAAAUAUAACGCAUAUUUCAUCAAGAUCUCUAAAUACCUUUCCACCACAAGUAUUGCUAAGUAAUUGGAUUGCAUCAAACCAAAUUAUAAAAUCAUCAUAUAUGCAUACAAUUUGUGAUCUUUCUGUAAACCAAAAUAAUUGGUGCAUUGGAAUAAAUGCUACUAUAUCAGACACAAAAUUGGAUAACUCAAUUGUAUGGCUCAACUUCACUUUUUCAGAUCAAAGCUCCUCUUCUCAAAACCAAACUGUAUUUUCCACAACCUAUGAACUAUGGAAUGACAAUGAUGUUCUUUUAAGUUUGAAAUUCAACAAGACCAAAAUAAUUUUACGAAAUCUAAAAACUAGUGAAGUAUUUACUUCUUUUUAUACAAAUGAAGCGUUAUUAUUCCCUGGAGAUAUGAUUAUAAUAGGUAUUAGCAUUUAUAAUGAAACAAAUGAAUUAGUGCAUAUUAUUAAUGAAAAUAAACAAGUUCUAGUCUCUGCCAAAAUUAGUAAUCAGAUAAUUAACAGUAUCCAAAACAUUACUAGGGUUGGUAAUAGUAAAAAUAAAAUUUUUACUUCAUAUAUGUUACAAUACAAUGUAACCAAUAUGACUAGCUAUUUAGUAGAUGGUUAUUAUACAUGCUCUUUAGACUCUACUUGUAGUAUUCAAAGUACUUCAUGUUCUGGACAAGCUCUCUUAAAUCCUUGUCCAAUACCAUUUGAUGGUAUCUAUUGGUCUAUAGAAUCUGUUAUUAUGAAUUCAGGCAUGAAUAAUUCUACUGAGAACAUCCUAUCUUUAUAUCUUCAAUACCCAGAGCUACUAAGUAUAUAUGCAAUGAAUAAUGGUAAUUCUGACACAAUUAUAUUUUACUUUUUUAAAGAUAGAAUGGCUAUGCAAGAUUUAGAAAAUAAUCUUGUUUGUGAAGGUCCUUAUAUUAAUAAUGAAAAUAUUACAAAUGGAACUAAGAUAGUUUGGACUAUUGGUAUUGAUUCUAAUAAUAUGAUUUAUUUAGGAAUAUCUGACAUAGAAGAUUCAAAAAAUUAUACAGUAUGUUCUUUCGGAUUUUCGAAAGAAAUAGGGUAUUUUGUUAAACUUUAUCCGCAUAGUUCAUACCCUAGCUACAGCACAUUUACACAAAAUGGAGCUGGGUUUAAUAGUGGUGGCUAUACUCCUACUUCAAAUUUAACUACUGGAUCAUACAAUCCAACGUAUAAUGAAGUUACUAAACGUUAUAUGACAAAAAAUCCCUAUGGGAUUAAUGCACCAUAUUUACCAGUUGGUAUUCCUUAUAUUCCUAUUAAUAGCUCAGAUAUACUACCUGGGUAUAUAUAUAACAAGGCUUCCAAUCAAUAUCAACUAAAUUCCAAUUUAACAAAUAAUAACUUCAAUUCUAGAAAUACUCGUAAUAUAUCAAGUAAAUAUCCUAAUAAUCUAUUUUUCCCAAAAACAAUAUUAUAUGGUAAGAAUAAAUGUAACUUGCAACUCUUCAGACUAUGCAAUUCUACAUCAGUUAUAAUUGAAGUUCCAUCAUCGAUAUUAAAAAAAAAUUGGACCAUAUUUACUAUGAUAUCUACUGGUAUACCUAGCGAACCUUCUCAAAGAUAUGGUAAUUAUCAAUAUUUAUUUAAAAAUUCACUUGGUCAAGUUGUAUUUAAAUUGGUUAUUAAUGACACUGCUAUUAGAUUAUUUGAUGGAAAUGGGACUAUAAAAACUGCAGUAGCACCACAAUGUGGUCCUUAUUGUUCUACAUAUCCAGGUGGCUUCUUUUCAUUUUGGCUUGAUUAUGAUUCUAUAUCGAAUUUAUAUUUUAUUUCAAUAAAUUACAAUAAAGAGUACCUACUAAAUUUUGAAGCUACUGAACAGAAUUCAUUUGUGCAGAUUGAUGGAUGUUGUAGUCAAGAUACCUUCAAUAUUUGGCAAUUCGUAAAUCAAGUAACUAUUCCAAAUGUAGUUGCAACAACAACAACGACUGCAACUCCAUGGUAUAAGGAUAUUAAAGAUAAUUGUAUUUUAAUGAGUAAUAGUACUACUCCUUGUAGUGGUUAUAAUCUGACUAUUGAACCUUAUUUUAAUCAGGGUAAUAUUCUAUGGAUAAACUUCACUAUUCCUAAUUCUUCAAGUUCUAUAGUGGCAGAUAACUACUACCUACAUUCUGGUUUUACAUUCUUAACGCAUAAAAACAAAAUUUUUGAUUUACACUUUAAUCAAACUUCACUUUAUCUUAACCUAAAUGCUAAUAAUGAAGUUUAUACAUCUUUUUGGACAAAUGAAUCUUUAAUAUUUAAAAAUAUGAAUAAAAGAUUGGGAAUUACCUGGAAUUCUGAAGGAUUUUAUAUUUUAAAUAGUAAAUAUCAGUCCCUAAUUAGUAUUCCACUUCUGUUAAAUAGUAAUAACUAUUCAUUUUCUUAUGUAUAUCCAUUAAAUGAACACCAAUAUCUAUUGUCAAACUAUUCUAUUUCAAAUAAUUUUUAUUUACCAGGUGAAAUUUUAUUUCAAGGUUACAGUACCUGUAGUUUUGAAUCACUCUGUAAACCUAAUGAGCUUCAAUGCAGUGCCCAAGCAGCAUUAAAUCUUUGUCCAUAUAUAAAAGAUGGAAUGUUUUGGAAAAUUGACACUUUUGUAUAUGAUACAUUUAUAAAUAAUGGAACCUGGGGAUCGAUGUUUGAACUUCCUGAUCUGUAUAUGGCUUAUACUGUUUCAAAUUCAGUUAGAGAUUCUUUAGUUAUUUACAUAUUUAAUAAUAGAUUGGCAUUACAAGAUUUAAUUAAUAAUAUUUCAUGUAGUGGUCCUUAUCCAAAUGGACAAACCUUGGUAAAUGGUACGAAAAUAAUUUGGACACUAGGUAUUGACUCUAAUAGUUUGUUAUAUCUUGGGGUAUUUAGACAGGAUAAAGAUACCCAAAUGACAGUAUGUGCAAUACCAUAUAAAACUUCCGAAAUGGGUCCAUUUUCUAUUAUAUCUCCUAAAGGCUUUGCUCCUUCAGUAUCUAAAUUUAUUCAAUAUAGACGAGGGUUUAAAAAUGGUGGAUUCCAACCCACUGCAGAAACUGGAAACGGUUGGUACAACCCACAGUAUAACUCUAGCAGUAGGUCAUAUGAUACAAAUUCAGUAUAUAAUACCUCCCGUUCUUUUUUCCCGGUUGGUAUACAUGAGGUAUUGGAAGAUAGGAAUGUAGUUAAUACAAUAAAAGGGUACCACUAUAAUAGAACUACAAACCAGUUUAAUAAAAAUAAAAAUAAUACAAAAGCUGAAAUAAAUCCAUCUCAGCCACUGAAAGUUAUGAAUGGCAUUAAUGAGUGUAAUUUAUAUAUGUUUGAGAGCUGCAAUGGAACAUCUGUAAUACUUCAACCAAAUGGUAUAUAUUUUAAGGCAGGCUGGGGAUUAUUUAUAAUGAUAUCUACUGGAAUCCCCAGUUCAAUAUCAGACACUCUCCAGUUCAACUAUGAAUAUAUUUUUUUAGAUGAAGGAAACAACAAAGUCUUGUCACUUAUAUUAAAAGAUGAUGAGGUAAUAUUUUCCAACUUAAUAAAUGGUCAGUAUAAAAUAGCUGGAUCUCCACAAUGUGGGCCAUAUUGUUCCACUUAUCCUAAUGGAUAUUUUACAUUUUGGGUAAUACUAGAUGAAAUUUCUAAUAAUUAUUAUAUAACAGUUGAUGGCAAUCAGCAAUAUUUAUUACAUUUAGACGCUACUGGUGCAUCCUUUAAUAAAAUUGUUCCUUGCUGUGGAAAUUCAGUUAACAAUUCUUUUAAUAUAUGGCAAUUAACAAAUAAUAUAAAUAUUCCAUCAAUCUUAGUAACUACAACUACAACUGCAAUUACAAUUGCAACUACAAUAAUCACAACUACCACUACUACUCAAGAGGCUUCAAAUAGAUUAGAACCUGAUGGUGGCUGUCUAUUACAGCAAAAUUCAGUUUGUGUAGGUAAAUAUGGAUACUUUGUAAAUAGCAAUCCCAGUACAUCUUGGAAAAAAGGAAUUGCAGUAACACUAUCUUUUAAAUUGAAAGAUGAAUAUACAGAUAGACAAUUAAUUGCUAAUAAAAAUAUUGAUAGUUUUACAUCUCUGGAAGUAAUAUUGGCAAGCAUUUAUUUGGAGGAAAAUGACAAAAAUGUCGCCUUUAUAUUAUUAACUCCUACAAAUAUUAAGUUAGUGAUAGGUAAUUAUAGUUAUAUUUCACAAUACUCAAAUGGAACUAUAUAUGAUAUUGGUGAUAUAAUGACAAUAACUUUAGUAAAUAGUGAUAGUGUUCUAUAUAUUUUAGAUUAUAGUGGUUUUGCAUUAAUUCAAUAUCCAGGUUUUAAUAAUAUGCCGGAAAUUUUAAUUAAGAAAAUUACUUUUAACAAAAUAUAUUCAUCAGUUACAAGUGUUAAUUUCUCAGUUAAUAACUAUACUGGAUUCCCAUAUGUAUUGCUUGAUGGUUAUUUAUAUGGUAGUAUCACCCCUUAUUGCGAUAUACCUGAAUCAUCAGUAGUUUCACAGUCAGUAAAAGGAUUAUGUCAAUAUCCAAAAUCAAAAAUGCUUUGGACAAUAAAUACUACUAUAGUUGACUCAAAUUUCUCUACAAGCAACUAUGGUAUGAUUUAUUCUGGAAAAGACUUAUUAGGUGCCUUUGCAUUAAAUAAUGGUUUAUAUGACACAAUUGCAUUUUUAUUUUAUGAAAAUAGAGUUAAUAUGGUAAAUUUAAUAAAUAAUCAGACAUGUUCUUCUUUUUAUCCAUAUAAUGAAAUCAUAUCUAUUAAUAGUACUAUAACAUGGAGUAUUGGAUUUGACAAAGAUUCGAUAUUUCUAAAUAUGAAUGAUCCUAAUACUGGGACGGAUCCAUUUUUAUUAUGUUCAUUAAUAUAUGAUUCAAAUUUAUCUCCAUUUGUCUACUUUCUACCUAAGGGAUAUAAACCUAAUCCAAGUAUGCUUUUUAUUCAGCAAUCAGAUGCAUAUUCUCCUUUAAAAUAUAUCCAAACACACAAGUCAGAUCCAAUAUAUAAUCAGGGAGCUUUAAGUGCCCAAAUUCUGAUAAAUAAUUUCAAUUAUUACUUCGAACAACAAAUUUCGUUUGGAUCUUUUAUUCAAUUCCAAAAAGUAUUUUUGGCAGCAAUAAAAAUAUCAUUAAAGCGUGGAACAUAUAGUGAUGUUCAGAUACAAAGCAUAAUCCCCUCAAAUAUUAAAAUUAUUAAUAUUGAAAAUUCUCCCAAAUUUAAAACAUCAACUGCAGAUAUGCUUAUAACAUUUAAUAUAUAUCCUACAAUAUAUUAUUCUCUUCGGGAAUUAGCAAUUGACUUAACAAGUCAAGUUAUAUUUAAUCCUAUAAGUAUAUUCAAUAAUAUCUUUUCUUGGAUUAUAUUCAAUACUUUAUCUUUGGAAUUUUCUCCAGAACUUGAUAAAAUUCUCCAGAUUUCACCGUGCACAAGUACAAAUACUAAACAGAAUAGUUUACAAAAUAUUAUUGAACAAUAUGGAAUUUAUUUAAAUGUGGAUGUACCAAAUGGUGCGAUAAUUGGUUUUAUUUCAUUUAAUUAUCCAGUCCCCAAUAAUAUUUAUUCCCUUGAGUAUCAAAGCUUUGUUAGAUUAUUUGUUAAUUCACUAGCAGAUUCCUUGAUGAUACCAAUAUCUAAAGUAGGAGUUAUUGCAGUAGCAGAUACUCCUCCAAAAUAUGACAUAGAAGGCUUUGGAGUUAUUAAGUUCUUUUUUGUUUCUACUCCAACAAACCCUACACCAAAAAUAGCAAACAGAUUGGCAUUAACAUUAUCGAAUCCACUUAGUGGUUUUUCAAGAGCACUUAAUUGGACCCAAAUAGAUUUAGGAGAAUGUUCCCUAAAGGUGUCCACGUAUUUAUAUCAAUAG